CACUUUUGGAAAUGUUUCAGAUUUAUAGUUUCUUGAAUGAUUCUGCAAACAUCUCAUUUUACCCACUGCUCUCCCUUCUUUCCCCCCUGCUCUCUCAGUGGUUCAGGCCCUCUGCCCCUCCCCUCCCAGCACAAUAAAUAAUGUGGCAUGGGACUCAGGCCUUUUGUGUCCACACAGAUUCUUUCUACUGUAUGUUCUGCUGGGGGUAGGCAGAAACCAGGGCGUUUUAUCAGAAUAACACACCCGAGUCUUGUUGGGGCUCUGAUAAAGGGCAGCAUUGUAUGGUAAUAGUUUAUAUAAGACCAUAUGACCGCUGUGCUGCGCUGGGGCUCUGCUACGGUACAGGGUAGUGGCUAGUGUCGCGGGAAUGAUUAGCAUUUUACCAACCCAUCGUGUUCACAAGCCAAGAGCCUUCUGAUUCGAUGAUAAAAUAAACACAUUUAAUUUAACCCUUCUUUGUACACAUUUUGUGUACCACCACAGCUGAAGACCUGGAAUCGAAAAUGAACUGGGGGUCCUUUUACGCCGUAAUCAGCGGCGUAAACAGGCAUUCCACCGGCAUCGGCCGCAUCUGGCUGUCUGUCAUCUUCAUCUUCAGAAUCCUGGUCCUCGUGGUGGCGGCCGAGUCGGUCUGGGGCGACGAGAAGUCUGGCUUCACCUGCAACACUCAGCAGCCCGGCUGCAACUCCGUCUGCUAUGACCAGUUCUUUCCCAUCUCACACAUCCGCCUGUGGGCCUUGCAGCUCAUCCUGGUGUCCACGCCUGCUCUCCUAGUGGCCAUGCAUGUAGCCCAUCGCAGACACAUCAACAAGAAGAUCCUGAAGAAGUCCGGGCGCGCUUCCCCUAAGGAGUUGGAAGAAAUCAAGUAUCAGAGGUUUGCGAUCGCAGGCGCCCUCUGGUGGACCUACAUGAUCAGUGUGCUGUUUAGGAUCGUUCUGGAAGUCGGCUUCCUUUAUAUAUUCUACUUGAUCUACCCAGACUUCAAGAUGUUCCGUCUGGUCAAGUGUGACUCGUACCCCUGCCCCAACACUGUGGACUGCUUCGUGUCUCGACCCACGGAGAAAACCAUCUUCACCGUGUUCAUGCUCUCCGUGUCGGGGGUGUGUGUUCUCCUUAACCUGGCCGAGGUGGCCUACCUGAUUGGCAGAGCCUGUCUGAGGUGUAUCCAUGGUAACCAGGACAAGAAUAAGGUAGCAGGGAUUGGUCAGAAACUGUCCUCCUACAAACAGAAUGAAAUCAACCAGAUGAUCGCUGACCAGUCGAAGUUCAAGUUCAACGUGGGAGCUAGGAAGACCUCUAUGGAGAAGGGAGAGAGGUGUUCUGCUUUCUGAUAGGCUGCCCUGGAAGGGAGAGAGGUGCUCUGCUUUCUGAUAGGCUGCCCUGGAAGGGAGAGAGGUGCUCUGCUUUCUGAUAGGCUGCCCUGGAAGGGAGAGAGGUGCUCUGCUUUCUGAUAGGCUGCCCUGGAAGGGAGAGAGGUGCUCUGCUUUCUGAUAGGCUGCCCUGGAAGGGAGAGGUGUUCUGUUUUGCUGCCUAUGGAGAUGGGAAAGCAGGGCUCUGCUUUCUGAUACGCUGUCUAGUCCGAGUUCACUGCUUCAAACUAAUGAACUGUAACCAGCAUGUAACCAUAUACCGGAUAGAAAUCCUUAACAGCUCCAUCUAGUAAUAACAUCAAUCAUUCACUCAUUUAUUUCUUCAUCUAUUUAUUCUAGUGGCUGGUGCUACAGGUUCUCAACAUUCCUAACGGUGGUAGGAUAUAGAGAAGAACAAACAAGCCCAGACAAACUCAACGCUAGAUUGGAGAGAGAACUUUGUUUCAUGGUGAUCGACACAGUCACUGUUUUGUCUCACAACCUUGGGGCAGGAAGUAGUGGAUAAAGGAACAUUUGUUUCAGUACAUGACUUGACAAACCCAUUGUAUUGGAACUCACUGAGUCUCCUACAGCAGGGAGACUACUCCUACAAUACGGAGAUUAUUCCUACAGGGUGGAGACUACUCCUACAGCAGGGAGACUACUCCUACAGCAGGGAGACUACUCCUACAGCACGGAGAUUACUCCUACAGCGUGGAGACUACUCCUACAGCACGGAGACUACUCCUACAGCACGGAGACUACUCCUACAGCAGGGAGACUACUCCUACAAUACGGAGAUUACUCCUACAAUACGGAGAUUACUCCUACAGCGGAGGGACUACUCCUACAGCGGAGAGACUACGGCACGGAGACUACUCCUACAGACUACUCCUACAGCAGGGAGACUACUCCUACAAUACGGAGAUUACUCCUACAGCGUGGAGACUACUCCUACAGCAUGGAGACUACUCCUACAGCACGGAGACUCCUCCUACAGAAGGGAGACUACUCCUACAAUACGGAGAUUACUCCUACAGCGGAGGGACUACUCCUACAGCGGAGAGACUACGGCACAGAGACUACUCCUACAGACUACUCCUACAGCAGAGAGACUACUCCUACGGCAGGGAGACUACUCCUACAGCAGGGAGACUACCCCUACGGCACGGAGACUACUCCUACGGCACGGAGACUACUCCUACAGACUACUCCUACAGUAGGGAGACUACUCUUACUGAAUGGAGACUACUCGUACAGCAGGGAGACUACUCGUACAGCAGGGAGACUACUCCUACGGCACGGAGACCACUCCUACAGAAUGGAGACUACUCCUACAGCACGGAGACUACUCCUACAGACUACUCCUACGGCACGGAGACUACUCCAACAGACUACUCCUACAGCACGGAGACUACUCCUACAGCAGGGAGACUACUCCUACGGCACGGAGAGUACUCCUACAGACUACUCCUACAGCAGGGAGACGACUCCUACGGCACGGAGAGUACUCCUACAGACUACUCCUACAGACUACUCCUACGUCAGGGAGAAUACUCCUAUGGCAGAGACUGCUCCUACAGACUACUCCUACAGACUACUCCUACAGCAGAGAGACUACUCCUACAGCAGGAACAGAUCACUCAUAAAGACUUUGAAGGUAUUUUUAAUGGUGCACAGCAAACUAUGGAGCUUUAAUACAUUGCUUUCAGUACCAAGAGUGUUAGCAGCCGCGACGUGGAAAACUGGUUGUCCUAAAAUGGAUUACUGACAACUUCCAUUAAUGGUUGUUAAC